ACCCUGCCUUCGUAAACCACCAAAUUGGAUUAAAACCCAGUUUCCAUACCGCACCUCUCUUGGUUUUUUCGCUCCUUCCUUCCGCCACCUUCUCAGGAUCUGCUUAAGACAAUAUGGUGAGCAUCCGUAGACAAAGACUUAUCAAACUUUAUGGGAGAAGCCCUUUUCUUGAUUUUCUUUCACCAUAUGAAAAUGGGCAAUCACCUGGAAAUUGGAUGCAAAGCACAAGAUUGGCUGGCAUGCAUCCUUCGCCUCCGGUUGACUUUGACCAGCCUGACGAGCAGGAAAAUACAAAAUCCGAAGAACCUGAACCCUCAAUUGUCAAUGAAUCUAGCUCAUCUAAUAAGCAGCCGGUUCCACAUCCAGUCCCAGAGUUCAAGAGACGAAAAAGACACAGAAGGAAGAAUUUCGAGAACCAAGAAGCGUGCGUAAUGAGAGGGGUAUAUUACAAAAACAUGAAAUGGCAGGCUGCAAUCAAAGUUGACAAGAAGCAAAUCCAUCUGGGCACGGUGAGCUCUCAAGAGGAAGCUGCCCGCUUGUAUGACAGGGCUGCUUUCAUGUGUGGGAGGGAACCAAACUUCGAGCUCACAAUCGAACAAAAAGCUGAACUGAGUAAACUGAGUUGGGACGAGUUCUUAACAAUGACUCGCACUGCAAUCAACAGCAAAAAGAACCAGAGAAGGGUUAGUUCCAGGAUGAAGUUUGAGCAUCAGCAACAGAACAAUAGUGACUCGGAAAGGGGAAAUGGUUACUCAGGUUCUGAUGAUGCAGAUGCAUCAGCAGCUUGAUGAUUUUUAUUUAUUAUUUUAUUUUAUCGAUAAUUUAUACCACGCCAACGCUGAUUUUUGUAGCUGGUGGGAACGACGUCGUUCGAAACAAGAAUUUUUUCGCUCAUUUAUUUGUACAUAGACGGAGCGUUUUGUUACAUUGUUUGAU